GCGCAGGGGAAAGCGUCAUUGAAUUUUCGCGCGCACGGGGGCUCUCAACACUCGCCCGCCACUGCUGCUGCAAUACGGAAAGAAGGUCCAGCCGCUGCAUCGGCGACCGGAAAACGCGCUCUCUUGGCACCGCAUCAGCUGCCCCUCCUCUUCUGCUCCGCGAUCGGUCCGUGCGUCCGUCGCCCCGCGAGCUAUGGAGUCCACGAAAAAUGCGGACGCCGACGUGUUCGAAUUCAUCGAAUUGCUGGGAAUCGGUUCUUGCGGAGAAGUGUGGAAGGUGAGACACCGAGAGACGAGUCAGAUUCUCGCCAUCAAGAAGAUACUUUCCAACGUCCAAGGCGACGUUCGUCGCGAAAUCGAGUUCAUGAGCAAAUGCUCGUCGCCCCACAUCGUUCGAUACUAUGGGACCUAUUACCAGGGGGACGCCAUGAUGAUCGUCAUGGAGUACUUCGAAGUUGGCAGCGUCAACGACGCCAUGGCGCUGACGGGACUGACGCUGGGGGAGUCCCAAAUCGCGGCGGUCUGCAGAGACGUUUUGGGGGCGCUGAUAUACCUGAACGAGAGGAACCAGAUGCACCGAGACAUCAAGCCGCACAACGUGCUGCUGAACAUAGAAGGGAAGGCGAAGCUGGCCGACUUUGGGAUCGCGAGGGAGCUGAAGGACGAGACGUGCUGCAAGACGGUGAUAGGGACCCCGUACUACUUGGCGCCCGAGGUGAUAAGGGAGACCGGGUACGACUACCGAGCGGACAUAUGGUCGUUGGGGAUCUCGGCGAUCGAAAUGGCGGAGAGGAAUCCGCCGUACGCGGACCUGCACCCGAUGCGCGCGCUGUUCAUCUUGGGGAACAACCCGAUGCCGAAGCUGAUGCACGAGGAGCACUGGUCGCCCGAGUUCAACGACUUCGUGACGAAGUGCCUGAACCCGGUCUCGGCCGAGAGGCCGAGGGCGAGCGAGCUGAUCAACCACGCGUUCAUCGAAAAGUCGAGCGAGGAGGCGCUGGCGGAGUUGGUGGAGGCGGCGCUCGAGGUGAUCGAGAGGUACGGGAACUUGAACAAGGCUCUCGAGGAGGUGAAGAAACAGAGUUGCUCGAGCCCGAACCUGUUGUUCGACGAGUCGGACGUGCUGAACGCGGACAUCCGCUUCGACACCGUGGAGGGCGACAACGUCUACAUGCUCAAGAGCGAGGCGAGCAGGGGCACGCAAGUGGUGGAGCUGCUCGAGGAGCACGAAAAGGAGGCUCCGGCCCAGAACGCCGUUGACAUGGACUCGGUCGAGGACCUGGCGCGCAUGGUCGAGCGGUGCGCGGAAGACUUGCUCAAGGGCCUCAGCGACCAAGCGGCGUCGCCAAAAGUCAGCCGAAUUUGCAGGUCCUCGUCGAUUCUGAGAACGAAGGAGGACACCAAGUAUUUAGCCUUCCGAGUCGCCAAAAGCCCGCCUAAGAUGAAGAUCAAAGUGCAGCACAACGGCAGAAUCGUCAACUCCGAAGACCACGCGUGCACAGCAAUCACAGACGUACCCGCGCCCGCGGUGCUGGACUGGGACCAAUUGGCAUCCAUUCGGCUUCCCUCCAACGCCCACAACCGCAGGUCUUCCGCGUCCGCCUUGCCGAGUCUCAACCUCGCUCCGGACUCUCUGCCCGUACGCACGCAGCGCUACGAAGGCGCCUGGUCCUGUCUCGCUGAAGGCCUGAUUCCCUUCCGCAACAACCCCCAAUACAUCCUCUCCUUCGCGGAACCCACUCACUGCUCCUUCGCCAUCCACCUCAACGACUCGCGCGUCAAGGCCUCCUUCGGCUUCCACCUCGUGCGAGUUCACGGCGCCAUAUGCAAGCUCCCCGAACUGCCCAGCUACGGCCUCACCGUCUCCAUCCCGUCCUCCAAGAGGACCUCCCUCGAGACCCACCCGCCCUCCUACCUCGAGCCGCGCUACAAGUACAUCGCCGUCCCCGUCCUCUCGCAGUUCUGGAUCGCCGACGCGACGACCCCCUCCAGAAUCCCCUUCACCUUCGAACUCCGCACCUUCAACCUGAACGCCAAGCUAACCAUUCAGCCCGCGCCGCCCAUGUACCAGGUCGUCUGCAAGGGCUCCUGGACCAUCUCCAGCUCCGGCGGCUGCAUCAACCACCCCACCUGGCGCUCCAACCCGCAAAUGCGCCUCGUCGUUCGCCAACCCACCACCAUCUACAUCUUCCUGUCUCAGUCCUCCCAAGAACUCGAACACAUCGGCUGCUACGUCAUCCGCUCCGACAGCAAGGACAAACUCCUCCAAAUCAGCCUCUCCCAACUCGUCAACCAAGACACCGUCCGCUUCAGAAGAAACUCCGAGUUCUCCACCGGACGACUCCAACUCGCCCCCGGCACCUACAUACUCAUCCCCGCCUCCUACCACCCCGGUCACAUCGCCACCUUCACCCUCACCUGCGUCAGCGAGCGAGACACCUUCUCGCUCGAACCCAUCCCCGAACUCUGGUCCCGCGCCCUCCACGGCCACUGGACCCCCGAACUCUCCGGCGGCUGCAUCAACUACGUCGACUGGGUCCAAAACCCCACCUACCAACUCCUAGUCAAAAAACAAAUCACCUUCACCGUCAUCAUCAGCACCCGCAAAAACAAGUCCCCCUCCCUCCGCAGAAGGCCCCCUCAACCCACCACCAAACAACCCAUCUUCAUCGGCUUCUACAUCUUCAAGCGACACCCCACCAUCCACAACUACCUCUCCAUCUCCCAACUCAUCGCGCAAACCAAGGCCUUCAUCAAGCGCAAGGAAAUCAUCGGCGUCGUCUCCCUCAAACCCGGCAACUACGUCCUACUCCCCUGCACCUUCAGUCCCGGCGUCUGCUCAGAAUUCGUCGUCUCCCUCUACUCCACACAAAACUGCCUCUCCCUCCUCCCCAUGCACUCCCCCCAAUCCUACUUCUCCACCACCGGAUCCUGGACCCCCGACCUCACCGCCGGCGGCUCCUUCUCCCACCCCACCUGGCGCAUGAACACCCAGUACCUCCUCGUCCCCCAAGAAGACUCCUCCCUCAUCGUCCGCCUCGAACAGGCACACGAAAACACCGAACAACUCUCCUUCAACUCCCUCUCCUCCUCCCUCCCCUCCAUCGGCCUCGCCAUAUUCUGCCUCGACUCCCUCCCCUCUCAAAAACUAAAGUUCCUCAGCCUCUCCAACCUCGUCCACAUGACCCCCUUCAUGUGCUUCCCCCGCAUCGAAACCCCCACCCUCUCCGUCAAGCGCGACGCCCCGCUCCUCAUCGUCCCCAUGACCCUCCUCCCCAACGUCGCCGCCGACUACAAACUCAUCUACAUGUCCCACUGCACCUUCCAACACGCCACUCUCGACAGCACUCUCCUCGUCAAGGACCUCUCCAGCUCCUGGUCCCUCUCCUCCAACUCCUGCGGCGGCUCCCUCAAACACGGACCCUCCUGGCUCUCCAACCCCAAAUUCACCCUCCACCUCCAACUCGAGUCCUCCUGCACCUUCCUCCUCAACCGACCCAACACGCGCCCCGGACUCCUCCCUCACGCCGGCCUCUACCUCUUCUCCCUCCCCCCCGACUGCCCGCACACCGACGACCUCCAGUUCAUGCGCCAGCACCUAGUCCAAAAAUCCUCCUUCUCCGUCUCCGCCGAAAUCUCCGUCGAGUGGCACCUCGCCUCAGGACACUACCUGCUCAUGCCCGCCACCUUCGACCCGCUCAUCGAGGGCCCCUUCCGACUCGCCGUCAUGACCUCCCACCCGCACUUCACCCUCCAACACCUCCGCCCACCCGCGCCAUGACCAAUACAACCCACCCGCCCUCAAAAAAAAAAACCUGUACCACACA